AUGCGCACCGGGGGAUCGCAGGACAUCACAUCUGAGGUAGAGCCAACAAGCCCAACGUUGUUCUGGCGGCCUACACUUGAUUCUGUGGCUGAUGCGGCAUUUGUGACUGACACGAAGGACCCUAUGUCCAACAAUGAGAGCAACUAUACUUUUCUUGGUAAUAUGGGAUGCACGUACGCUCCUACACCUAUGCCUUCCUCAAUGGAGGUCAACAUGAUGGAUGAAGGUGUCGGCUACGACGAUCGGAAUGGUCCUACUUUGCAAAGCGAUUCGGAUCUUGGAUGGGCUCUUACACCUGGCCCGGCUAUUGACGACCAAGAUAGCAUUGGGCCUUUGCUAUCCGGACUUAGCUCAGCUGCGCCUUAUAACUGGGAUUCUGGGUGCGGGAUCUACUUCAAUCGUGGAAGAUCGCCUCCGCGCAGUGAAACUGUAGCAUCUGUUUCUAUGUUUGACUUGGCCGAUGGAUGGAAUCCGCAAACACCCCUGUGGGAAGAGAGAGAUCAAUCAACUUCCGGCCUGGACACAGCCCCAGACGUACUAGGGAACUGGCCAACACACGAAGACCAGUCUGCAUCGUUCCAGCGAUGGUGA